AUGGCUAGCACUCGCGAUUCCCAUUCUUAUGCAUGUGAUGAAUGUCGUCUACGGAAAUCCAGGUGCUCUAAAGAGAAACCUACUUGCGCUCAGUGCAAGCAGCUGGACAAAGAAUGCAAAUAUAGCCCAAAGAUAUCCAGAAGCCCUCUGACGCGGCAACACUUGACCUAUGUGGAAGACCGCUUGCAGGCAUUCGAGUCAGCCUUAGGGCGGCUCUUCCCUGGAGGUGAUUUAGAUGCCACUGUCCGCUCUUUAUUACAUGAUCAAGAUCCCCUUUCGAAGGAGCGAUCUUCCUCAAAGUCUUCUUCCAGACACUCAACUCCCGCCAAGACUGAAGCAGACCGGCAUGAGCCAGCGCCAGAAGCCUUACCCCAGCAAGCCGACGGGUUUGACUGGGCGGAGAAUAGAAUCACUCUUGGAGAUCUGACAGACGGGAUGGCAGCUUUGUCAAUCAAGCCAGAGGGCGCCGGUUACUUUGGGGCGUCUUCAAGCGUUGUGCCGCUACGGGCUUUGCUGAAGCAUGGCUUCGAUUUAAAUAUCCCACCCGGCUCGUCAAAACAGGCCGAUAACUCGGAUAGAAUUCCGUUGAAGUCACAACUUCUCAAUAUAGCGCCCUCUGGUGUGGUUGAACAAGCGUUCAUGGAUGCAUUCUUUCUCAAUUAUCAUAUGAGCUAUCCUUUCGUACAUGAGGCCACAUUCCGAGCGCAGUUCUACGAACAGCUUCCCCGACCUCACGGACCGGCAUGGCAAAUUCUGCUAAACACAAUCCUCGCUUUAGGAGCUUGGUGUAUUGGCGAUGACAAUUCCGACCUGGAUAUUACCUUUUACCAAGAAGCCAGAAGCAGAUUACAACAAAUGUCUGUUUUUGAGGCCGGCAAUCUCACCUUGGUUCAGGCUUUGCUAUUCUUGAGCAACUACGCACAGAAACGGAACAAGCCAAAUACAGGCUGGAACUUCUUGGGUUUGGCCGUUAGGAUGUCAAUGAGUCUCGGCCUACACAAAGAGUUUCACGGAUGGAAAAUCAGCCUGUUGCAACGUGAGGUUCGCCGGAGAUUAUGGUGGGGAGUAUACAUAUUCGACAGCGGUGCGGCGAAGACCUUUGGUCGUCCUAUCCUUUUACCGGAGGACAGCGUUAUGGACGUGAAACAUGUCCUCAACAUCCAUGACGAGGCUCUCACAACGACAACCACUUCGGUGCCUCCCGAAGUCAACGAACCGACACUGUACACGGGAAUGAUCGCUCAGGCCAAAUUCCACAUAUUGACAAAUAGCGUCUACCAACGUCUUAUUUCCGGUCCCAAUCCAACCCCAGAAGAGACCCUGGCUCUUCAAAAGCCAAUGGAGGAAUGGUAUAAUAGUCUGCCGGACUAUAUAAAGCAUCCCGCUCCCGGUUCAAUGUCAGACAAUUUUGCCCUGGUUCGCAGUCGACUAUUGUGGCGAGAUUGGAAUUUAAGGAUUCUCAUCUACCGUCCCAUCCUGUUAAGGUGGGCUUCCAGACGAUGGACGCCAAACACGCCCACUGAACCAGAAGACCCUUACGAAGCAGAGUGUAGAACGCUUUGCUUCCGAAAUGCAAAGCUAACUAUCUCAUCAAUCACUGAUUUUGUGAACAACUACCCCUGCACCAGAGUUGGCGCUUGGUAUAUGCUAUAUUUCCUCUUCCAGGCAGGUCUGAUCCCAAUCAUCCUCUUGAUGACAGAUCCGACCAGCACAGAAGCGCCAAGCUGGAUUCAGGAGAUUGAAGCAACCAAAGCACUUCUCAUGUACCCCUCCCUGAGCAAUAACAACCUUGCCGGCCGCUGUCUCGACGUGAUCCAUCGACUCUGCGCCCCGGUUUACCCUUCGACCACCGCCAGUGCCGGUGCGCCGGCCCAGCAGCCCCAGCCGAUCUACAUGCCCUUCGCCGACCAACUCUACAACGAUCCCACCUUCGGCAACUUGUUUCCUGACGUCAACCAGGACCUGAACGUCAGUGCGGGAAUGGACUUCUCCGAAUGGGUGAACUUUGCCCCAACGCCGCAUACGGACUUCACCUGA